AAUCACAUGAUGCUCAAAACAAAUUCGGCGUUUUGGUUCAUUCUUUAAAAUUGGCAGAAACUCAAGUAUUUCACAGCAAAGAAAUGUCCAAACUUCCCAUCAAAUACUCAUCAGUGAACGUUAUACCGUCACCUGCAUUCCGAAAGUUCAUAACAAGCCGAUUCUCCCGUGACUCACGUUUACCCAUAACAAUCCAGAAUAUUUGCAAAAAUAAUUUGUCAAAAUGCAGCAAAAUCGAAGCCGAAGCUCCAGAGAAAGCAGUCGAAUUUACGGAAGAGGAAUAUGAAUUUAUGAAGGCUCAAAACGAGGAAAAUAAUCUGAUGAACUGCGAUCUUGAUGAUGUAAAUAGCGUUGAAGCUGAUGCAAAGUCGGAUGAUAUUCUGAAAUCAAGCUCGCAAAAUACCAGUGCCAGCACGUUAACGCUAUCAUUAAAUGACCUAAAAUGGCUGCAUCAGGCAUUAAAUCGGCUGCGAAAAGGCGACCCAGACGUACCGUAUUUACACGAACUCAUGGAAGAUUGCGAAAUGGUACUACCGAAAAACGAAAUCCAGGAACGAAACCCAGAGCUUGAAGCUCGGUGUCAGAAGCUUCGCAAGCAGCAAGAAGCUAAGGAAUACCAGGCAAUGACGAGAAAUGUUGACAACGUUCGGACACUGAUGCCGCAGGACACAAUCGCCUAUCAGAUGAAACAAAUCAAUCGACAAUUGAUUGCUGUGGCACAGUUCAUAUUUUCAGUAGCAGCCGGUUUUGCUUUCGGAUUCAUUGGCAUUGAACUGAUCAUCGGUCAACUGGAUUUCGGAUUCCGAUUACUGCUCGGUAUCAUGAUUGCUCUUAUUAUUGCUCUAGCUGAAAUAUAUUUCCUGGCGAAGAAACUAAACGAAGAGUACGAACAACAAACUAUCCAGCCGGAAGCCACGGAAACAGGCAAAAGAAAGGUGGUCGAAUCAAUCGAAAUAACUUCGAAAACCUCACCUAAGGCAAAGGGAAAGCUUCAUCAAGAUUGAGGUAAUUUCAUUUUUCUUUACCGUUCUACUGUUACUUAAGUCAUUUUCCGUUUUUAAUGUACGAUAAGGAAACAAGAAAA